GAAAGGAGAGAGAGAGGAAUCGAGUGUUACUUGUCGUUUAAUUUAAUAUUGCUCCAGCUUGACAUAGUUCUUGUGGUAGUAGGCGUGGACUAGCGAGCGUUCGCAGUCCCUCCUGCUUACCAGUCCAUUUCGAUCUGCGUGAAUGGUGACAGGGCGGCCCCGAGUGUCUUCUGUAUGGACUGGAGGAGAAACGGUGCCUUCGUCGCCGUACUCGAGUUCCGUUCGCGUUCCGAAGCAGCAGCAGCAGCAACAGCAGCAGCAGAAGCAGAAGCAAAAGGCACAGGAGGAGGAGAAGGAGCACCCGCUCGUCUUUAUCCCUUCCUCUUCUUCUUCAGCUGUGAUGUGCCACCGACACCCCUCAUCGGAUUCGAUCGCCUCCAUCCAGAGGAGUCUCCGUCUCCCAGCCACUGCUGCGCCUCCUUCAGGAACAUUGUCCUUCCUUCCGCCCUCUCAACAGCCCCCAUCUCCGCCACUGCUGACAUCGCAGGCUACACCCUCAUCGUCAUCGUCUUCAUUAUUACCAUCAUCAUCGUCAUCUUCAUUCGUGACAGGCAUCAUCGCCCUUGAACCGCCCUCCUCCUACUCCUCCUCCUCCUCCUCCUCCUCCACUGCAUCCGCUACUCCCGCUUGCCCAAGCCCAACCACCCUCUCUCUCUGUAGGCGGUGCCCUUCUGCAUUAGCAUCGACGGCAACAACACACUGACUGACUGACUGACUGACUCGUCAGCCCUGAGCAACAGGAGAAAAGCGUUUCGCACUGCCCUUGUCCUUAUCUGCUAAGGUGUUUGUAAAUAACAUUACCGGACCCUGAUUCAACCACGUUUAUCAAUACAACAACUACUAUUACUACUACGACUCAUACUACUUCUCCUACUGCUGCUAUUGUCACUACAUCCACUACUAUUACUACUACUUCUACUACUUCUCAACUAUUACCACUACUCCUGUUCUACUGUUUUUCGACGCAAUUAUAGCAGUUAUUGCCGGAAGCCGUUUACACAAGCGAUUGUAUUCAGUAACCUCCCGUUCUAGAGACUCCAUAGUCAGUUGUUUUUUCUUCUUUUUUUUUUAACCGUGAGUAUCUUAAGCUAAAUGUCCGGUUCAUUGUGAUGACGAAAGUGCCCUCUUUUGAAGUGCCUGUAAAUAUUCCAUCUGUGCUUGGUUUUCGUUUUUAGUUUAUUGUAUUUACAUUACUACAGUUAUUGUUAUUAUUAUUAUUAUUAUUUUUUCGGUUACCGGUACAGUGACCCGGUUGCUUUCAGAGCCGUGUUAAGAUCACCACUUUCCGUCUUUUUCAAUCCCCCGGUUUAACCUUCGUUAAUUUCAAGACUACGCAGGGGGUAGGAGUAGAUAGAUAGAUGUUCAGAGCCGUCGAUCCAAAACUCCUUGACUGUCGUCUUUAGUGAUUUGGAUUUGAUCUUUGUCGAAGGAAGUAGCGGCAGAAUAAAUAGAACGUGAAUAAGAAGAAGAAGAAGAAACCUCCUUCUCCUUGGGACGAGAUCACUGGGAUGAGAUCACUCAAGACUGAUUUCCUGGCUGCCCCCUUCCCAAAUCUCCUUUAUUAUUUGAUCUAUUUUCGAUUUGUCCCCCUUGUUAUCGGUUCCUCCUUCGGUUCCGCUCAUGUGUUCUCUUUGCUCUAAUCGUACGGUUCCCUCCAAAUAUCCAGCAGAGUGUGUUCAUGUGAGGCCUCUGAUGUGUUCAGCUUUCGCGUCGGAAGAAGCAAGAAGCUAUGAUGCUCCUUUGAACCUCCUUUGAACAGUCCUACCUACACAAAGUGAUUGAGGUGAAGGAGGUCACGUUUUGACUUGCUUCUGUGUGACGAUUUUCAAAUGUAAAAAUAAAAAAAAUACACAAAGGAGGAAAAUAAAAGAAAAAAAAACUGCCUUGAAGGAGAGGUGUGGUGGUGUAUAGCCUUUUUAUAUCGGACGGUUUCGGAUUCCGGAUGCAGUGAAGAGAGAGCUAUAAAGAAAGCAAGCAAGCAAGCAAGCGAGAGAAAGGGAAAGAGGGAGGGAGAGAGAUAUAUAUAUUUAUAAAUAUAAAGAGAGAGGCAGAGACAGAUUGAAAAAAAAAAUUAAAAAGUUUUGGUUAAAUUUAAAGUGUUGUUGGAAAAAUUAGGAGGCAGUGCAUCGUCAGACCAGCGAGCGUCUGACCACUAGCAGGUGUGAAGGAAAGAAGGAUAAACGGUAGAAGAGCCAAGACUGGAUUAAAAAACUAUCUUAGAAACUUGUUUAUGUUCGUCUCGUCAGUUCUGACGCUUUCCUUGACUGCUACCAGCGCAAUGGCUUAUAUCAGGUAAACGUCGGAAGAAUAGUUUGGCUAACGACAUGAGUGAGCGGUGUGCAGGUGGUGGUGAUAGUGUUGGUGGUGGUGGUGGUGACUGCCCUGGUGUCUUGUGUGUUGGGCCACUCUAAAAUGGGCGCCAGACUGUGGUCACAGCGACGGACCUCCCGUGCUGCCCGACCGCCACCAUCCCCACAGCACUCACAGACCAUCCUCACGCCCACCACAUUCACGCAUUCGGUGUUGUAUAUGUGCGAGGGCAUGAGUGGAAGCGUUGCAGAGGCCAUGGCUGCCGCCAGGGACCGGGCCACCCGUUAUCAGAGCGUUCAGCAGGAUUUUGCCCUUGGUCUACCCCAUCAGGUGCGCCGACCCGAUGGAGAGGAGAGGAGAUGCACUAUACCCAAUAUGAAGCCCUUUGCUGCUACCUCGGAUUCGCAGGAGGCAGAAACAACUCGUGAGUACAUCAAGCCACCCCCUAAUAAAACACUCUUUGAUGUACCUCCUCGAUCGUAUUCUAUGGGAGUGCUUAAUCGAGAGUGGGACGUGGCGCCAGGUGGAAUGCAUCUCCAUCAACAGCAGCAGCAGCAUCACCAUAAUCAUUAUUCAGCACCAUUGGAUCCUGCUGGAUCAGCAGCUUCAUCUUCGUCGUCGUCGCCGUCUACUUCUUGGCCAAGUUGGGGUAGUGGUGAUGAAUCAAGUAGGGGAUCACCUAGAAGGGCACGUAAGACCCUGGGCUUUGGACAAAAGGGGUCUCCAAGCUUAUUAUCCAAUUGUAUCGCUCCAUUCACCUCACCAAAGAACGAAAGAGUACCCCAGUCUCCUCAGGAUGGGGGCCGGAAGGCAAAUCGACAUCAGGUAGUGUUGAAUACUGGUACCCUUUUGUCUUCUCAAGACCAAUAUUGCCCAGCAGCCAGUACGUGGGCGGACAUUACCACAGUGUCAGUGCCAUGUGGAUCCUCUCACAGUCCCAAUUACCCUAGUGGGUCAGGGACAUCCCAGGGAACACUUGGUAGUGGUAUGGGUGUACCGGGGGACCCACCACAUCUGUAUGAACAAUCCUCUCAGUCAGGCUGCAGUGCACCUGCGGACCAUGAGCUUCCGGAACUAUAUAGUGAGGUGAUAGAAAAUCCCACCGUAUGUAGAAGUGUUAGUAGACCUUCAGAACAAAGGACAAACAGUGGGAAAAUAUGACCACCAAGGCGUUUACUUAGUCUUUCAAACAUACUUUAUAUCACUUAAGAUAUACUUGUUGUAAUGAAAGUUGUUAUAUCCCCUGGGAUGUGAUAAGUGACACAUGAUACAGUGCUAAAGCCAGCAGGUGUCUUGGUGCUCAGUAAUAUUGGGCCAAUGCUCAGGCUUUCACCUGUGCAUUGUCAGCUGCCAGCAUGUAUGCGCACAGGGCUGUGUCAGGAUGGCCAAUCCUUGUCUGUUCUGAUACAUUUCAUGUACAUACAAGAUAGGCAAGCAGCAUGCACCAGGGCUCUUUUUCGCCAGAUGGGACUGGUGCAUGUAAGAGGCAGGAAGCAUGCAUUCUGGGCUUGCCGAAUGGGGCCGAUGCAUGCAAGGACCAUAGCAGUUGGGACCAGCCGCUCUCGUGGUGGUGGAUGAUGAUGAUGAUGGAUUCACCAGUGCCUGGGGUCCCAAGGACCAGUGCCACAUUGGCUGAGCAGCAGGACAGAAUUUCGUCUCUUUUGUUGAAUAUAAAUUGUGCUCUGCUGACAGCUGGUGUGGUCCAUACAGUGUAUUGUUGAGUGGUGCAGCAGCAUUUCCAGGGCCAAGUCCCAUAUGUGAUAGGCCUUUCUCUCUCUCUCUCUCUCUCUCUCUCUCUCUCUCUCUCUCUCUCUCUCUCUCUCUCUCUCUCUCUCUCUCUCUUUGUUCCCCUUUCCUUUGCUUUAUUCCUCUCUCUCUCUCUCUCUCUCUCUCUCUCUCUCUCUCUCUCUCUCUCUCUCUCUCUCUCUCUCUCUCUCAUUAGACAGGUGAUGGAGUGUGGUGCAUGGCGGCGAUGGCUGAGGGAGUGUGGCUGGGCAUCCUGUAGAUGAUGAUAAGUGAGGCAGACCAGAGACUCAGGGAACACUGCAAAAUAUAGCUUUUUAUUACUCCUUAAUUAUAAAUAUAUAAAAAUUGUGAUUUCAUAUUGUGUAAUGAUUAAACUUAGUAGGUUCCCUGUGACUGGAUGGGAGCAAAACUGGUCAUUGAAGGUGUGAUGGGGAAGGUGUCAUGGGCCUUGGAGGUGGAAUCACUCAUUAUGAAUCCAACAGUUUGAGACAAGUGACACAAGUACCCUUCACCCACUAUCAACCUUGCCUUUUAAAAAAUGCACACACAUACACACGCACACACACCCCCCCCACACACACACACUCACACACACACAGGAAUACACAAUAUUUUCACAUAAAUUCAUAUUACAGGUGUGUGCAUAUCUCCAGGCUUGGCUGGUCCCCAUGUGGAGUAUAGUAUUGUAGGUAACACUCACUGUUAUUCCACUGCCAGGUAUAUUUUAGGUUUUGUAAGACUUCCUGUAACUUAUUGUUCUGCCAUGUUGGCAGGUGAUAAUCCUUCCACCCUAGCUGCUAAGCAGUCAUUUUGCAAGAAUGCAUCAGACAUGGUAUGUAUGUAUGAGACUGAGAGUGCAGUGUGAUUGGCAAUUGUUAAAAAAUGAAACUGUGGUAAACUGUUCAAAUCCUUAAGUACAGUGAGCCCAGCCACGCUGCUCAUGGAUAAAAAUAUAACUCCUUCAGUUUUGUCAGUCUUUUUCUUGGGAUGUAAAUCAUCCUCAUGCUUUUUUUUUUUACCAACUUUUUAUUUUUUAUUUUUUUCUUUAAUCAUUCUGACCAAAUCUGGGUUUUGUAUUCAUCACUCCAUUCUUAAUCAUUCUGUUCAUUACUUAUAGCAGUCAUCUAAAAUUAUUAGGGUUGAAGUAAUGAUAAACUUUACACCAUUUGUAUUGUGAAAUUUGGAUGAUUAAGACGUAUAACUAAAUUUUGUAAUAUUUUACAGGCUAUGAGAUACUGAUUAAAGAUACCCAACUGUGAAGUACCUGGUUUCUUAGUCAUGUACGUCAGUUAAUCAAAUUAUUCUUUUGUAAAUAAAUAUCAGAACUUAUAUUCAAACAAAUGUAAGAAUUUGUACUCUAAAAGAAAACUUUUUAUUUAACCUCUGUUUCACUUAUCAGAAGUCUGUGCAGUAAAAUUCAAAAUGUUCGAAUCUGGAAGACCUUGAUUGCCAUGUUUUGAAAAAUGAUUAUUUUUUUAACAUUGUCAUUCACUAUUUCUUGUUAAACAUCUACCUAAAGUUUUACUUGUGCAUUCUGUUUUUGCCAUGGCUUUAUUAUUUUUCACCUGUCGGUCAUUAUUAUUUCUCAAAAACUAACCUACUUACAGUAUACUGAUAAAAAGUUUGGAACUGAGGUUAUAAGAGGAUGUAAAUUUCUUCUCCACAAACAAGGAAGUGUUUAGGAAAAUAGUAAUAUGAAGGCAGAUUUAUUCAUCAAGGUACUGGAAAUAUAAAGCAUUUAAAACUGUUAAGAAUGAGGAAACUGUAUGCAGUUCUAAAUCAAGGUGUUGUCAAUGGCAGCUGUUCUGUCACAAACUGUCAAUAAGCACUAGAGAAUCUGUGAUGUUGACUAAGGAAGUGAAUCCCCCGCAUGGCAUUGGAUGUUUGGAAUGUGUGCAUUGGGCCCAGGUCAAAUGUAGAGAAUGUCAUAUUUUUACCUUUUUAUGUGAGACUUCUUCAUGGUGCUAUAGGUAUUUUAUGAGGGAAUAAUUUAUGCUAUGAGCUUCCAAGGCAGUGCAGUGGAAAAUACAAGUUGAAAGUAACUGAUGAAAAUAACGUGGAUAAAGUUUAAAAAUCCAUCUCAGGUUUAUCAAUUAGUUAUUAUCGGUUAUUGGUUUGUUACACUACCACUUCAUUUGGAUGAGUUUGUGUCAAAUCAAUGUUAAGUAUCACAUGAUAAUUGUAUUUUACAAUUCUAUUUACCAAGUAAUUUUCAGUUUUAUUUUAAAUUUUUUUCAUGUAUAGAGUUUACAUAAUUUUUUCCAAUAUUUUAUCAUAAAUGCUGUCGUAGUUUUCUAUAAGAUGCUGGAAAUCUGGCUUUUUCUCUCUUCAAUUAUUGUGUUUUGUAUGUAAUAUUACCAUGAGGGGCAGUUAUCCUUACUGAUGCUGUAUUUUGUUAUACUUUCACCUAUAUUUUUUACUAGAUAUAUAUUUCAUUAGUAUUAGAUAUCAGGGUAUACUGUUAUUUUAUAAAGACAUCGAUUCAGAUGAUUAAAUUAUAAUGUACUGUACUUAAUUAAUGAAAGAUAUUGGUCAAGAUAGUGAUUGGCUGCCAUAUUUCAUCUGAAUAUUUAAAUCCAUGUUUCUUACAAAGCAAAACAUGAUUUUUUGUCAUAGAUUAUAAUAAAGAUAUGCCAUAUA